GGUGGAUCCGCCGGAGGGCGCCUGCAUCCUGCGAGUCAAGGUGCGUGUUAAGAAAACUGGCCGCGUGUGUGUUAAAAUAACUGGCCGCGUGUGUGUGGUGUUUAAGAGUGCACCCAUGCAAUGUGGUCAUGGUCGUCAUGUUUAUUUGCUGUCUCGUGUUUCUGUUACCACCUACCGGUAUCAUUGCCUUAUCAUACAUGCAUGCUAACGAGUAAUGGCCCCAUGCAUGCAUGCAUGCAAACAAAUGAUGGCCCCAUGCGCGCAUGUAAACAAACAAACCCCCGUGCAGGUCGCUGGCUCGGAUGAGCUAAUGGUGAAGAUCACGGCACUCGUACGGCGGCUGGUGUGGCUGCGGGACGAGCGACCCGACGAGAAGAGCCUGGUGUUCAGCCAGUGGCCGGAGGCGCUGCAGAUCGUGGAGCGCGGGCUUCAGCUGAACGGCAUUCGCUGCGUGACCCUCGAGAGCGGGCGGCGGGGUCGCAGCGCCGUCAAGGCGUUCCUCAACGACGAUUCCUGCCGCGUCUUCCUGCUCAGCCUGAGACAGGGCGCCGCGGGCCUCACGCUGGUUCGCGCCAACCACGUGUUCCUGCUGGAGCCCUCCCUGGACCCCGCCAUCGAGCAGCAGGCGGUGGCGCGUGUGCAUCGCAUCGGGCAGGAGCGGCCGGUGCGGGUGACGCGGCUGCUGGUGGAGGGCAGCGUGGAGGAGAAGGUCAUGAUGAUGCUGCAGGUGGGUGGGUGGUCGGCGGGGUGCUGGGUGCAAGUCAGCUGGAGCUCAGCUGAGCUGACGGACACGCUUCUGUGUGUGUAGUGGGAAGCGGGAAGCGCUGUCUUCGUGUGAAGUCAAAUAGACUACCUGUGUUGUGGCACUGCUGCUGACACGAUGCUAAUGACAAUGCUAGUGAAACCUGGAACGGCAAGCGCACGGUACCAGCCCCCCAUCCGGGUGUUCCUCUGUACCACCUGCGGCAGGCCAAGCAGCAGCUCUUCCAUGAGGACGUCCACACCCGCCGAGCAGCCGCUGCCGCCGCCGCUGCAGCCGCAGGCCCCUCCACCUCCACAGCCGCAGCAGCAGCAGCCGGUGGCCCCGCAGCUGCCUCCUCCUCGCUGCUGCUCUCCCCCGCCCUGGUUCCGCUGCUGGAGGGCGGUGAGGGCGAGGAGGCGAGCCUGGUGACAGCGGCUCCACGGCACGAGGUGGUGGCGGGGGGUGAUAUGAGUUACCUGCUGGGGGCGGUGCUGGGGUGAGAGGGCGGUGCGAGCGGGGGGGAGAGAAGCGGAAGUGUAAAAUCACAUUAAAUGCUGCCCGAAACCCAACCCAGAGGGGGUGAGGGGAAGGGUCGGUAGGAGGUGGGCUAGUUCCUAUGGUUACAAUGCUCAGAUACUUGGAUGCGGUACUUCAUGCCAUUACUUCGUACACGGUGUGGCAGUGCUGGGCAAAGUAAGGUGGUAGGGGGGCAGGGUGGAAGAGGAGAUAGGGCGGGCCGCAAGCAGUUGGGGACAGGAGGUGGUUGCGGUUGGGGUGGAAUGUGAAACGUUUGUUCUUUUCCUGAAGGACGGGAGCAAGGUGUACGGGUUGUGGGAUCGUCCCUUUCGUGGCCUGACCUUUGUAGCGGUCAUCAACUCGUUCAUCAGUUACCAGCAACCAUUGAUAAGGGGAACAGAAAUGCGGGCUCAGGUGGCCGUCACAAGGCAGGACCACCUGCCUUAGGUCUCAUGUUUAAGGUCUCAUGUACGGUACACUGUUUUGUCUGGUUUGGAUAUCAGGUCGUGAAUUGUGUGCGAUGCAGCGCUGCGAGCACCCCUGAAGCAAAAUUGAAGACAAAAAAUGCCGUUGUGGGACUAGGCUGCGCUUGGCCUGUUGUCGUGCCCCUCUCCCUACACACCUCUGCUGGUGGGAGAAGGAACUGUGCCCACUUAGCGCAUGUCAGUGGCUUCCAUGAUUAGUUACUUACAAACAGUUCCUCACCCACUAGUUACUUACAACAACGACGGGCACGUCCUCACCCAGGGCUGUAACAGUGCACGUCCUCACCCAGGGCUGUAACAGUGCUUGGAGUCAGACAAUCAUGUCCCCUACUAAAUGUUGCCAAUUCCUCACAAAAGGUAUGCAGCAAAAGGUAUGCAGCAAUUGAUAUUCCCUUGUUGGGUGGAGCCCCGGGAAAAGGGAACACGGAUUAAAAACCCAACUUGCACGGCAAACAGAAACAAACCAGCAAAACACCUGAGCCAACAAGUCCACAAAUGACCGGCAACGAAAAGUACAAAAGAAACCGAGGAAAGGCGGAGAAGAGGCGCCAAAGGACAGAUGCAACCAAAAAAGGCUACUAAUAGUAGUCUUCAGAAUCCCCUACCAAAUCCCUCGACUCCACCUCCUCAUGUUCCGCAAUGAACAAUGCAUACCUCAUCGCCUCAGCCACCGACUCGAACACUCGCUUCCGCCACCAGUCAUCAGCGCUGCUGUUCUUUUCCAGCCACUCCCACACCUCACAUGCAUAUCCAGGCCAGUCGCCCUCCGCUGCCAUGUGAUUGGCCGCCUCAUCCACCGCCGCUCCCCAGUCCACCGGGCAGCCUGCCUGCACCAGCCAAGUCAACGUGGGCAGUGGGCAACGCUCCUUGAUGCACCUGCAGAAGGUACCACCAGCCUGUGCCCAGGGGUAGCCCAGCCGCCGGAGACACUCCAGUGUGGCCAGGUCCCCAUUCCUAGCAGCCGAUGUAUAUGGGUCCAAGGUUGCAUCCGUGUUGUUGGUUUCCAUGGGGCAGCCAUUGUCUGCCAGCCACUCCAGUGCCUCCACACAUCCAGCACCUGCAGCAUAGGUGUACGCACCCACUUCCCACAUGCAGGCACGCUCCUCACGCAGCCACCUCAUAAGCACCACACUGCCCGAGGAUGCGGCAGCACGGAAGAGAUGCAUGGUGCGCAGUGGCUCAUCAGGGCCCAGGAAGUCCAGUAGUGCAGCCACAACGGCCAGCUGGCCACCCCUUGCGGCUUCCUCCAUAAUGUCCUUGUUCAUCUGGUAGUCCUGUUCUGCCAGCAACCUGAACACCUCCAGGUGGCCUGACUUGACAGCGGCACCCACAGCAUGUGUGUUUGGUAGGACACCCUGCGCCAGGAGGUAACGCAGUGCCUCUGUGUUGUUGUGUAUGGUGACGCUAUCUGCGGCUUUGCGAUCCACUGGAUAGCCUCUGUCCAGGAGCCACAAUAGGCGGUCCAGUGCGUCCGGCAUGCAAGCGGCGUUCUCACAGACAACAGUGGACCGUGGAAAGCCCUGCGCCUCCAGCCAUUCAACCUUGGCCUGCCAGUCCGCUGUGCUGCUGCUUGCUGCCGCUGCCAGCAAGAAGGGCUUCCAUUCCUCUUGCUCCCCCUCCUCUAGCAGACCCUCGGCUUGCCACUCCUGCAUCAGUCGCUGCAGCUCCGGCAGCUCGCAGCCCACCGCCGCAAAGCAUACGAGCUCGCGAAAGUUAAUACGUUCCCUCCCGUACCGCGGGUGCUGCUGCAGUAACCAGUGCAUCAGGUGGAUGUGGUUCUUGUCUGCAGCAAGGUAUACCGCGCGGUUGCUCCAGGGACAGCUGAACUGCUCCAGGCACAUCCGGCAAGCCUCUAGGUGCCCCGCAUCGGCUGCAGCUUCCAGGGCGUCCAGGCGGGUCAGGUGAUCUCCAUGGGCCAAUGCCUCUUUGAAGGCCUCGAUGUGUCCACCCGACAACGCGGCCUCAAGAACUUCGACGGAUGGAGCACAGCCGGCCUGCUUUAUUGCAUACAGCAGAUUGGACGUGACACCAGUGCCAGCCGUUAGGCAUAGAAG